GAGAAGGGGGGUCGAGCAGGAGGAAGGGAGGGAGAGACAGAGACAGACGCGGAGGGAGAGGGAAAGAGGCAGGAAAGAUCCCGAAACGAGGAAGAGGAAGCGGUGGCGAACCUCGUUGGAUUUUCUUUCUCAGCACACUGCUGAAGCUUUGGGUUUUCUCUUAAAGGAUCGGCUUUAGAAGUCCACAUCUGAGCUCUCUCCUUCCUGCUUGCUGCUUGCUGAGGUGGCUGGGAUGCUUCCAUGACUUAUGUGAAUCUAGACUGGGCUGUUCUCUGUGCUAAACCAAUCAAUUACGACCCUUCUCUUAACAGUGUGAAGUGAGGGGGGCCUAUUCCCUCCUUCCUACUCCCUCUGUGGUCCACCUCACUUUUUAUCCUGCCCUGCGGCGGCUCCUCCCCUUACCUUCAUGGACGACUCAGAGGUGGAGUCGACCGCCAGCAUCUUGGCCUCUGUGAAGGAACAAGAGGCCCAGUUUGAGAAGCUGACCCGGGCGCUGGAGGAGGAACGGCGCCACGUCUCGGCGCAACUGGAACGCGUCCGGGUCUCACCACAAGAUGCCAACACACUCAUGGCUAACGGCACCCUCACCCGUCGGCAUCAGGUAACCCUCUCUUCAUCAGACCCGCAGAACGGCCGGUUUAUGGGCGAUGCUGACCUUGAGAGACAGAAAUUUUCAGAUUUGAAACUCAACGGACCCCAGGAUCACAACCACCUUCUGUAUAGCACUAUCCCCAGGAUGCAGGAGCCAGGGCAGAUUGUGGAAACCUACACAGAGGAGGACCCUGAAGGAGCCAUGUCUGUUGUUUCUGUGGAGACCUCAGAUGAUGGGACCACUAGGCGAACGGAGACGACCGUUAAGAAAGUUGUGAAGACAGUGACAACGCGGACGGUACAGCCAGUCCCCAUGGGACCGGACGGACUGCCUGUGGACGCCUCGGUCUCCAACAGCUAUAUCCAGACUCUGGGCCGUGACUUCAGAAAGAAUGGCAAUGGGGGGCCUGGUCCCUAUGUGGGGCAGGCAGGCACAGCAACUCUUCCUAGGAACUUCCACUACCCUCCAGAUGGGUAUGGCCGGCACUAUGAAGACGGCUAUCCGGGCGGAAGUGACAACUAUGGCAGUCUGUCCCGGGUGACCCGCAUUGAGGAGCGGUAUAGACCCAGCAUGGAAGGCUACCGGGCACCCAGUAGACAAGAUGUCUAUGGUCCCCAGCCCCAGGUUCGAGUAGGGGGGAGCAGUGUGGAUCUGCAUCGCUUUCAUCCAGAGCCUUAUGGGCUGGAGGAUGAUCAGCGCAGCAUGGGCUAUGACGACCUAGAUUACGGCAUGAUGUCCGAUUACGGCACUGCUCGCCGGACAGGAACACCGUCGGACCCUCGCCGACGUCUCAGGAGCUAUGAAGACAUGAUUGGUGAGGAGGUGCCACCAGAUCAGUACUACUGGGCUCCUUUGGCUCAGCAUGAGCGGGGAAGUUUAGCAAGCUUGGAUAGUCUGCGAAAGGGAAUGCCCCCACCUUCAAACUGGAGACAGCCUGAGCUGCCGGAGGUGAUCGCCAUGCUAGGCUUCCGCUUGGAUGCUGUGAAGUCCAAUGCUGCCGCAUACCUGCAGCACCUGUGCUAUCGCAACGACAAGGUGAAGACUGACGUGCGCAAGCUCAAGGGUAUCCCAGUGCUGGUGGGAUUGUUAGACCAUCCCAAAAAGGAAGUGCACCUUGGAGCCUGUGGAGCUCUCAAGAAUAUCUCUUUUGGACGUGACCAAGAUAACAAGAUUGCCAUAAAAAACUGUGAUGGUGUUCCUGCCCUUGUCCGGUUGCUGCGAAAAGCUCGUGAUAUGGACCUCACUGAAGUCAUCACUGGAACCCUGUGGAAUCUCUCAUCCCAUGACUCAAUCAAAAUGGAGAUUGUGGACCAUGCGCUGCACGCCUUGACGGACGAAGUGAUCAUUCCACACUCUGGCUGGGAGAGAGAACCCAAUGAGGACUGUAAGCCGCGGCACAUUGAAUGGGAGUCGGUGCUCACUAACACAGCCGGCUGCCUUAGAAAUGUAAGCUCAGAGAGGAGUGAAGCUCGCCGGAAGCUUCGGGAAUGUGAUGGCUUAGUUGAUGCCCUCAUUUUCAUUGUUCAGGCAGAAAUUGGGCAGAAGGAUUCAGACAGCAAGCUUGUGGAGAACUGUGUUUGCCUGCUCCGGAACUUAUCCUAUCAAGUUCACCGUGAGAUCCCACAGGCAGAACGCUACCAAGAGGCACUCCCCAGUGUGGCUAACAAUACCGGACCACAUGCUGCCAGUUGCUUUGGGGCCAAGAAGGGCAAAGGGAAAAAGCCUACAGAGGAUCCAGCAAACGAUACCGUGGAUUUCCCUAAAAGAACUAGUCCUGCUCGAGGCUAUGAACUCUUAUUUCAGCCAGAAGUGGUGCGGAUAUACAUUUCACUCCUCAAGGAGAGCAAGACGCCUGCCAUCCUAGAAGCCUCUGCUGGAGCCAUCCAGAAUUUGUGUGCUGGGCGCUGGACAUAUGGCCGAUACAUCCGCUCUGCUCUGCGUCAGGAGAAGGCUCUCUCCGCCAUAGCUGAUCUCCUGACCAGCGAACAUGAGCGAGUAGUGAAAGCUGCAUCCGGGGCGCUGAGAAACCUGGCUGUGGAUGCUCGGAACAAAGAGUUAAUUGGCAAACAUGCCAUUCCUAACUUGGUAAAGAAUCUGCCAGGAGGUCAGCAGAACUCCUCCUGGAAUUUCUCUGAAGACACUGUGGUUUCUAUUUUGAACACCAUCAAUGAAGUUAUUGCUGAGAACUUGGAAGCUGCCAAAAAGCUUCGAGAGACCCAGGGCAUUGAGAAGCUGGUGUUGAUCAACAAAUCAGGGAAUCGCUCAGAAAAAGAAGUUCGGGCAGCAGCUCUUGUCUUGCAGACGAUCUGGGGCUACAAGGAGCUUCGGAAGCCAUUGGAAAAAGAAGGGUGGAAGAAAUCAGACUUCCAGGUGAAUCUAAACAAUGCAUCGAGAAGCCAGAGCAGCCAUUCAUACGAUGAUAGCACUCUCCCUCUCAUUGACCGGAACCAGAAAUCAGAUAAGAAACCUGACCGGGAAGAAAUUCCAAUGAGCAAUAUGGGGUCAAACACAAAGUCAUUAGAUAACAACUAUUCCACACUGAAUGAAAGAGGAGACCACAACAGAACACUGGAUCGAUCUGGGGAUCUGGGUGAUAUGGAGCCAUUGAAGGGAGCACCCCUGAUGCAGAAGAUUUAACACCACUCUGCUGCUCCAUCUGGGCUUAUAAUAUAUUACUUUUAUUUUUUGGUGGUGAAAUGGACUGAUGAUUUUUUCCUUUCUUCGCUGGACUAUUGUGCCAACUGCCAGGCUGCCUCCUACCCGUACAGCCCAGAGUGGCUGCCUUCAUUCCACCAGUUCCCGACAUCUUCCACUGAAGUUUAAUUGUCCUGUCCUUCCAUCCCCUACCUCGUUUCCCCAAGAAACCUGACUCAGCUAUUUGCGUAUCUUGAGAUACUGCUGCAGAUUAGCUCUUUUUGCCAGCUCUCCCCGGAAUCUUGGCCUGUGUGGAGGGAGGGGAGAGUGGAACUCUUCACUGGAAGCCAUGGGAAGAACUGAAAAUUGCACGCUGUAUAUGCAGUAUUCAGCACUCUGACAAACUGAUGACUUCUAAUCAAGACUAUCUUUCUGGUGGGGAGGGAACUUUUAAUUUUGUUUUGGAUAAUGGGAAGUGUGAGUUCUUCCCUUAUCCAGUGGCUGUUUUUGAAGCCAAGAAGGCUGGAAACAUUGGCACAUUCCACCUGGCAAGGGCCCUCAAGUAAGUGAGGCACUCCUCAAACUGGGAUUAGGAACUCCUGUUCCUCCUGUCCAAGGCAGGGACCACAAAGAACCUACAGACUCCAUCUCCUCUGUCAGCUUCAGGCCAACCUUGGGAUGCUGCCCUGACCAAGGCUGUCCUCAACCCUCCUCUCUUACCCUGUGAUGAAUCUGCUAAUGACCUGGCUGUUUGCAAGGCUAUGUGAAAAGAGAAUGCCAUGGACCACUUUUGGUCGAGAAGAUGAGCUUCCGGGAGGAAGUAGAAGGAAUGUACAUGAAGCGGUUAGUCUGGAGCUGCAGGAAGCUUCAAGCUGGCCUUCCCCACCUUCCCCUCCCCAUCUCUCUUCUCUAUAGGCUUGUCCCUCCUUCUCCCCUCUCCCCUCCCUGGAUUUGUUGGCCAACUACAAGACUUGUACAUAACUCCUGCCCCCUUUGCCCUGCUAAGGUAGGAGUUGCCCUGGCUUUGCCUCUUCUUCGUGCCUUUGGCCUGGGGUGCAUCUCCUUCCUCUUCCACGUGCCUUUCUUUGCCUCUGCAGUCUCAUUUCUCAUGAUUUUGCAAGUUAGAUUUUGUUACUUUCUUACCCACUGGUGACCCUCGGUAGCUGAAGGAAAGGAGUGUUGACCUAAGGAACCUCAAGUCCCCGUUGGGGGUUGUUGUAGCCUCUGAUUUAGCCACAGUAGGCUUCUGCUUAACAAUGUACAGUUGGGGCUGAAAAUCCCAUCCCGCUAAGUCUCAAAGUGAGGCGAGUAGUUGGGAGUGCCAUGACUCCUACUCCUUGGUUGUCCUUAGUUCCCAUCAUCUCUGGAAGAUUAUAGGGAACCAAGGGUUUCUCUCCAGUUCUUUAGCCUUUGUUAUACCCUUCCAAUUGUAGGGACUAUUACAACUUGGAAUCCGCUACUAUGUGGGUUUUUUUUUUUUUUUUGUAAACUUUUUUUUUCCUGAUUUGCCUUCAAUUCCUUAAUCUAAAAGCUCUGUUCAAUGCAACUGGAAUUCUUUAUCCCUCUUGUCCUGUUCCUUAAUAUAUUGAGGCUAUGGGGUAGGAGAAAAGUGCACAGCCCACCAACCCCUUUCCCUAUGCAUUACAAUUUUUUUAACCUUUUGCUUCCCUCCCAGAUCUUCUUACCCCAUCCCUCCCAUGUCUUCCUACGCAGUCAACCCUUUCUGGCAAUCAGAGCCUCUCCUCCCAUGGCCCUCAGAGGACACUGCACAGGGAGCCUCCCCCCACAGACCUGGCUCUAGUCUUGGUUUUUCUUGUCCUCCGCGCUCUUCCUGGUGCUCUUUCUCUCGGUGGGGUGUGGGUAAUAGAAUAGCCAUGGGCUUUUGGGGACCUUUAACUGUUUUUUGUUCGUUUGUUUGUUUUGUUUUUUCCGCUUUCAUUUAUAAAAACACUAAACAUUCAAUUUCAGCAAACCAAAAAUCCUACCUUCCCACCGAACACUACUAAGGGGCAUGUCUUCUGCUCUGUAUCUUCUCUCUCUUUCUUUCUCUCUUGUUAAUGCUUUUAAAAACAAAUGAGUUUUUUAUAUAAAUAAAGUUUUUAAAGUGUG